AUGGCCAAAACUAUUCAAAAUGGUUCCAUCAUUUUCAGAGUUGCCUUGACAAUAGCAGCAUUUCUUCCAUUGGGAACCUCUGAUCUCAUGGAAACCACAUGCCAAAAAACUCGCAAUCCCAAACUGUGUGAGUACAUUCUAAGGCAUGAUCCAAGGAGCUAUGAACCCAAUGCGGAUGUCAAAGUUUUUACCUUAGUUGUUAUCGAUUCACUCAUUUCCAAGACAGAUUACACCCUCAAAGCAAUCAAACAGAUGCUAAUAGACCGGCCUGAACAGAAAAUCCCCUUAACCGAAUGCGGGAACCAAUUCGCACUCAUCCGUAACUUCUACAUUCGUGAUGCGAUUCUGGCUGUAGAUUCAUGCAAUCCAAAGGUUGGGGAAGAUUAUGGUAAUCUGAUAAAGUUAGCGGAAGCCUCCAAAUCAAACGAUCAAUUUCAAAAUUAA